CCGAGUUGAAGAAGGAUCAGCGAGUUGGUCUAAGAAACUCACAGAGCAAGCACCUAAGUCAAUCUGAAAAAGAGAACAUCUGCAGAGAGAACGAAACUGGGAGAAUAAAAUGCGAUGUUUUAAAAAAGCAGCAGCGAAUCUCCAGGAGUCUACUAAUAUGGUGCUCGUUAGCGAAGAAAACUGCUGGCUAUAGCGUCAAACGAAAACGUCUCAGGCGCUCCUCAGACUCUCGUCCAGAAUUGGUGUACACUUUCAUUGAGCAAGCGGUGCAGCCAGGCGCGCAAGUUGCUUUAAAGUGUUCAGCGGUCGGGGAACCACCACCGCGGUUCCGAUGGACCUUAGAUGGACAGAACAUACCAGCACAUCACGGGGCAAUAAUUACGGAAGGACGAGAAACAGGUCCUUCAGGCAUCGGCCCCAGCAGCAAGUACAUCCUGUCGACGCUUUCACUGAAUAGCGCAAGGGUAGAGCACGGUGGCCGAUAUGAAUGUCGUGCAACUAACUCCCACGGGUCCGUCGCGCAUGCCGCCCGUCUUAAUGUCUACGGUCCCCCAUACAUACGAUCAAUGAAUCCAGUAAAAGCAGUAGCCGGGACUGACGUCACUAUUUGGUGCCCCUACUAUGGUUUUCCAAUCGACUCAGUGAAAUGGGAAGGCGGUGCCGGCAACGAUCCGCGUUAUCAACAGAGUGAAGGGCACCUUACGAUCAACAACGUAGACCGUACACGCGAUAGAGGCGGAUGGAUCUGUUCCGUGCUCACGCCUGGAGGUGAACUCGCUAGGAGAGAGGUACAAAUCAACGUGGUGUCGCCUCCGGUGCUGUCACCUAUAGUGUUUCCACCUGGCCUGCGCUCGGGUGACCGCGCGCAACUCACCUGCACCGUGACAUCAGGCGACAUGCCUGUAUACUUUUCAUGGCUCAAGGAUCAGCUGCCAAUUUCAAGCGUGCUUCAGGUGGACGAGCGUGGCGCGGAGUUCUACAGUAUGCUUCUGUUCAAAAGCCUGAGUGCAGCACACAGUGGCACGUAUACGUGUGUUGUUACAAAUACGGCCGGGAAAGCCAACAUGUCUGCCGAGUUGGCCAUUAAAGUUCCGCCAUAUUGGCAAAUGGAGCCAUCUGACGCAGCAGUUCUACUAAACGGAUCGCUUACCGUGAGCUGCGAAGCCCGAGGUCAUCCAACUCCCACUAUUUAUUGGACAAAAUUUACUGGUAGUACAGAGACGUCGCUGGGAGGAGUAUCUGAUCCGGUCGUGUUCAGUAAUGGAUCGUUGAGGCUAGAAUCGGCCCGCGCGGAGCACUCUGGCAAAUAUCGCUGUAGAGCCGAGAACGGCGUAGCGCCCGCCCUCUCUAAAACGCUUACAAUACACGUUAAUGAACCAGCAAGAUUUGAAACACCGUCAGUAAAUGUAACAGCGAAGCUCGGGGACACGAUGAGACUAGUGUGCGUUGCUAGAGGAGACAACCCUUUGUCCAUGUCCUGGAGCCACUCUGGAAGGGCACUGCCUAAUUCUGACUACAGGAUGAGCAUAUCAGAAACGCGUAGCGCCGAGGGUCUACGAAGCGAAUUGGUGAUUGAGCGAGCAGAUAGGCGCGACUCGGGGGUUUAUCGAUGUCAAGCCUCCAACCCUUACGGGAGGUCGGACCAUUUUGUGCAUUUAGGAGUACAAGAACCACCGGAACCACCAGCUAACUUUCGGGUAGUAGACACAACGUCACGAUCCAUCCGUUUGCAAUGGAGGAGACCCUACGAUGGAAACUCUCCCGUACUGGGCUACGUGGUACAAUACCGAAGACAUGACUCCGCGAACCCUGAUGCUUGGAGAGACGCUGAUACUCACAACGUGUCAGUAUCAGCUCACAGUAUGAAUUCAUAUCCCGAGAAUGAAGAUGCCACAAUAACAGGUCUAGAACCAGCUACAGCGUACCUUGUACGCGCUCGAACCGUGACAGCCCAAUUUGCAUCAGCACAUACUCGAGCUCUUCUUGCCUUGACAUUACACGAACCGCCAGCCCGGACUCCGAUCAGUUUACAGGCUUCUGCUCCUAGACCUUCUACUAUUGUAUUGCUCUGGCAGGCUCCUCCAACAUCGGCGUGGAAUGGUGAAUUGCUAGGAUACACGGUAUGGUGGUGGCCUUCCGCUGAUGGUUCCUUAUCAGGUGGCGCCAGCGUUGGUAUGGAAUUCGCAACUGUUAGAGGGCACGUCACUAAAUAUACUAUUGAAGGUCUUGAACAUUACACGAGGUACUCAGUGAGCGUACGAGCAUUUAACAGUGCAGGCGCUGGUCCCGCUACAGCACCUGUUAAUACUCUUACACAAGAAAAUGUGCCAUCCGAAGGUCCUCGUGCAGUGAGAUGCCGAGCUGUAUCUCCUCAGAGUUUAAAAGUGGAAUGGUCUCCACCACCAGCGCAUGCGCAUCACGGAGCACUGCUUGGAUAUAAGUUGCUAUACCGACCGGAACAUACGACAGACUGGCUGGAGUGGGAGGUCCGAGGUGUUGGUGGUUCAAGCGUAGGUGCAGGGGCCGAAGUCAAGCGAGUAGCUGGAGUGGAAACACUUCUUCUAGCUUUAAGGCCGCAUAUGAACUACACAGUGCAGGCUCUAGCGUACACAGCCGCUGGUGAUGGUGUGCCAGCCCAUCCUAUACAUUGCACUACGCAACAGGACGCUCCGGGGCCUCCAGCUGCGGUCAAAGUUAUAGCAACGUCGGUAACAUCUCUGGCCGUCAGUUGGUUACCACCAUCUCGAUCUAAUGGCCCUAUUUUAUAUUACACCGUUUUUUACCGAGAACUCGGCAGGGAUAGACCACCUCAAACAACAACAGUUCAAGCAGAAGACGGUGAAACAUCCAUUGGUCUUGGAGGAUUUACUGAAUUGCGGUCUUUAUCUGAAAGUGCUACUUAUGAAGCUUGGGUUGCAGCACAUUCUGCGGCCGGGGAAGGAGAACCUUCUGCACCACAACCAGCUACAACUACGUCUAGAGCGGCAGUCAGACUGCUCUCAUUCGGCGUAUGGGCGCGAGUACAAUGCGGUCAUUCACUGCGACUGGCCUGCGUCUGUCGUGGGGAACCUGCUCCUCGAACCCGAUGGCAUCAUGGAGAUAGACCAAUCACACAUGAUCCAAGGACGUAUGUGACUCCUCAUGGACACCUAGUUAUUCAUGAAGUGGACCCAUCAACAAUUGGAAAUUACACUUGCUCUGGGCGUAACUCAUUUGGUUCGGAAGAUGUAACUUAUCGGAUAGAGUGCGCUGCACCACCAGCCGCACCCACAUUAGCUUUGGAUCGAGCUGAUCAUACUGACGCUAAACUCUCCUGGAGGACUACGCAUCAUCCUUCUGCACCUCCUCAUGGUUUUACAAUCUCCUGGCUCCGAGUGCGAGACGAUAUUACUGAUGGUGCCGAACCUACCAGUUCAAGGGGUGAUGAAGAACGUAAAAUAGAAGCAGGAGGAGAAGCCUCUAGUGUAGUAUUAAGGGCAUUAUCUUGUGGUGCCAGUUACUCUGUGAAAGCUGUGGCCCAUUCGAGGGCUGGUUCAUCACCUCUAUCAGUUCCUUUAAUGGUCAGAACGAAACCUCCAGUCCUAGUAUGGGAAGGCGGGGGAAAUUCAGACAACAAUCAAGAGGAAGGAGCAGAAGCUGCCGUAUGGAGCAAUAGUACUGCACUCGCAUUGGACGCACGAAGAGCUGUGCGUUGUGGCGCCAGGCUCGUGAGACUACAGUGGAGAAGAGCAGAUGCUACUGUGACCUGGAGGGAUGCUGAUCUAACCUCUUUGCAUCAUCAUAGAGAAGUUGUGGUCGGAGGAUUAGCAGUGGGGACUUGGUAUGCCCUCAAAUUGUGGACAGCGACCGAAUCAGGACGACAGCAAGCCAUCAUAUAUGCAGCAACUACCACACAUUCUGGAGAACGUCUCCGUCGACCAGUGGCUUUUCAUUCUGAAGGAGCCCCAACAAAUACUGUAAACAACGCAGACAACGAUCGAGUACUGGGUGCAGUAUCUCUUGCGUUUGCAGCACUGGCUGCACUCGCUGUAUCUGCGUUGCUUCUUGUGCUGAUGGCGAAACGAAGUACCGUGUUGUCUUGUGGUGGGCAAAUCGAGGAAGAAGCUCGUCGCUGCAGCCACUCAGUGGCUAGUACGGACAAGUCAGUGUGUCCCGAACAGCAGAACAUAAGGAACUGCCAACACGACUAUAAGCACGACAAACUGUCGCCUGCUUCUGAUGUAUACGAAAUAAGUCCGUACGCGACAUUCGCGGUGGGUGGUGAGACGGCAGCAACAUUGGACCAUACGCUACAAUUCCGCACAUUUGGCCACCGAGACAACGACGCACCUCCGCACCGACCCUGCAGAAAGCAUCCGCAAAGACACCGCGAACGAGCUGAUGUGGAGAAGCAUCACUCGGAGUGCGAGCUACAGCAUCUGAGCCGAUAUGAGAAAGUGCGACCGCGACACUGCGCCGGAACCUCGUACUGCGUACCGCUAUCACACCAUGGCGGUGGUGGCGGUAGUGGAGGCGGCGGAAGCGCUGGAGGGUUUUCCGAAGUGUACGCAGGCGACUCGAGCGCUGAGUCUGGACCCGGCUCUCUCUCCCCGCGCACUCACCACGAGCAUAGCUAGCGCCAGGGCAAAACGGCGACUAAAUAAAUAUACCUUAGACUUAUAUUAUUUCAAUACCAAGACAAAUUAAGAAUCAUAUAUAGCGUUCCUUAUAUACCUACUCCUAUUAUAGGACUCAUUAAAAGUUAUUCGAAAAGCUCUGAAUGUGGACCCAACUCCUUGCACUCACCCAGUUGGUGCCUAGGCAAAUGAAUACCAAUUUAAACUAAGCAUUCUAAAUAUUUCAAACGGAAUUAAUUGAUGAAAGUCUCUAUCAAAUUAAAAACAAAAUCAAAGUUUUCAUAUAGGA